UCUGUGUCUGGUGACGGUUAUCGGGGUUCUGUUGGUGGCGGGCGAGCCCUGGCGUCCGGCGGCAUUUUCAAUUUGGAGUAGUUGGCAAGGGCUGAGCUUCGGCUGUGUGCUCGAAAUGUGUCGUUUUGCAAUGUGGGGGAAAAAGGAGCAAGCACGUGCAGUCACAGGGUGAAUUUACUAAACUUGUAGACAGCGGUGGAAAUUGAACCCCAAUCUUCUGAAAGCUGAAUCCAGCACCUUCAUCCUGUACGUUAUCCAGAGGAAAACCAUGUCUCGAAAGAAGAGUAAAGAUGAGAACAAAGCCCAUGUAUCCAGCUCCUUUGAGUCUGAGGAUAUUAGUUUGGAAACAACCGUGCCAACAGAUGAUGUAUCUUCAUCAGAAGAGAGAGAAGCUUCAACCAAAGUCACGAAGCAACUCAUUGAGAGGAAGGAGCUUCUUCACAACUUACAGCUGUUGAAGAUUGAGUUAUCACAAAAAAAUUUGGUGAUUGACAACCUGAAAGUAGAAUAUCUCACAAAAAUAGAAGAUUUGGAGGAACGAUUGAACGAUUCUCUUCACCAGAAACAAUUAUUACAAGUCCGUUUGGAAAAUCAACUGAAAGUUCAGCAGGAUGAUGCCAGAAGACGCCAUGAUCUAAGAAAGCAAGAAAUGGAGAGUAUUUUGGAAAGGCAGAAACAACUUGAACAGACAAAUCAGCAGCUGCAGGAACGAGCAGGUGACAUUCGCCGCAGUUUACGAGAUUUGGAUCUCACUGAAGAUCAGUACAUGGAAUUAAAAGCUAGACCUGAAGAUCAGCUUUCCAUCCCAGAAUAUGUAUCUGUAAGAUUCUAUGAAGUAGUCCGACCGUUGCGAGAAGAGAUUGAAGAGCUUCGACAGAAGAAAGCUAGCCUUUGGGAAGAGAGAAACGGUCAGAAAAACCAGCUGAAUAGCUUGAUGGAGAACUAUGAAUCUGAAAGGAAAACUCGCUCUGAUCUGGAAGUCCGUUGUCAGCGCCUUGUAUUGGAACUAGCUGACACCAAACAACUUAUCCAGCAGUCAGACUAUAAGAGGGAGCAUUAUGAUCAUGUAAAGCGAGAGAGAGAUGCACUUGAUAAGGAGGCUUCAGAGCUCAGAAAAAGGCUGGAAUUACUUGAAAUCACACACAAAGCACAAACUAAGGAGAAAAAUGAUUUAUCCAAAGAGGCAGCAGCAAUGCAGCAAUCGAUUAGCUUGCUGCAAAAAGAUAAAGAAUACUUGAAUCGUCAAAAUAUGGAACUAAACAUUCGGUGUGCUCAUGAAGAGGACUGUAUAGAACGCCUCCAAACUCAUCUUGAGGAGGCAAAGCGAGCUAGAGAAGAAAUGUAUGAAAAAUAUGUGGUUUCAAGAGACCAUUACAAAAAUGAAUAUGAAGACAAACUUCGACAUGAAUUGGAACAGAUUCGAAUAAAAACAGACCAGGAAAUCGAACAUCUUCGAAGUAGCUCCAAAGAAAUGUAUGAAAGGGAAAACAGAAAUUUAAGAGAAGCAAGGGACAAUGCAAUUGCAGAAAAGGAAAGAGCAACUGAAGCAGAAAAGGAUGCCCAAGCAAAAUAUGACCAGCUUCUAGAACAGUUUAGGCAACUGCAGGUCAACACAGAUAGCCGUGUCUCUGAAUUCAUGAAUCAGACAAAGAUAAAAAUGUUUGAAGCAGAGCGAGCUCAGUUGGUACAAGAGGAAACAGCCAAGAAUUUCAAGCAGUGCCAGAUGGAAUGUGAUAAAUACCAGAAGAAACUUGAGGUUUUAACAAAAGAAUUUUACAAACUGCAAGCAUCAGCAGACAAGCAUACCACUGAGCUUCAGACUCAAAACUCCGAGCUUCAAGCUCGACUGGAGACUUAUGAGAAACUGGAACAGGAGCUGGAUGGUGUUAUAAUGCAAUCAGCUGAAAUGGAAAAUGAUGAUGAUGCUGAACGCGUUCUUUUCUCUUACGGUUACGGUGCUAAUGUUCCCACAACAGCAAAACGCCGCCUGAAACAAAGUGUUCAUCUUGCAAGGAGAUUGUUACAGAUAGAAAAACAAAAUUCACUACUCCGUAAAGAUCUUGACGGUCACAAGCUUCGUGCUGACGAAUUAAGUCAAGAGCUUGCAAAUGCAAAAUCUCUACUUGGUCAAGCUCAGCAGCCUUACAGCUACCUUAUUGAGACUGUUCAACAAAGAGACGCUCAGAUCCAGACAUACAAACAACAGAUUUCACAACUGGAGGAUGAAAUCUGUCAGUUAAAAAAAGAAAAAACAGCUUUACUUCGCCUGAAGAACCAAAUGUCAGCCGAUCUGGAGAGACUCUUAAAUCAGAGAGAGGAAUUGGCAGUAAUGAAGCAGGUUGUGAUAAAUUUGCGUAACAAACAGAGUGACAGUGGUUUGCCAGGCACCCAGCAUGAAGACAAAACCAAUCCUGUUCCAUACACAUCAAAAUCAUCUCUCAGUGUUCCUCCAGAUGAGGAUGAAAACGUCUACAAACCAAAACCAACAUUGUUUAUGGCCACUCAUAAUCGAGGAUGACUUGCUUCCAGUCCCAUGGGUUCUGAGGUAACUGAUGGAUUUCCUACUGCAGCAAAACUUUUCACAGAAACAUUUUAAGCAUCAAGGCCAUGAAAUUUAAUUAUACACUGUAUAUGGCUGCUGUAGGGAAAUUGAAAAUCAUCUCUGGUGUAAAAGAGAAAGAGAAUUGGAAAACAGUCUGAUAAAGAACCUUAGAACAAAAAGUCAACGAAGUCCUUUGAGAAUUGCACUGCAACAAGUAGUGAUAAUCAAAAGCAAAAUACGAGAGAAAGAACUAUUUCUUCUUCGCCCAAGCUAAAAUAUUAUUGUAUCAUGACUAUAAAAGACAAUGCUACAUGGGCUGCUAUGUAGAGCAAAUUCAAUUGUCAAAGAUAUGUCCAAGAACUGUGGAGUUGUGUGGGCUUUAAUAUCAUUUCAGCUCUGCAUAAUUUUAGAUGAAUGUCUUCCCCUUCUAAGGCUGAGAGGGUUAAAAUGAUACAAUUUUAUUGUACAGUUUCAAACAUUUACUUCAUUUGGAAAAUCACUGACAUAAGUGAAUAAACUCUUCUUGGGCUUCCAGCCAGAUACAGGUAUCGAUUUUAACCGAUGUUUCAAUGACAAAUUUUGCCAUCUUCAUCAGGGAUGAUACCUGGGCAUGUCUAAUCUGGUGGUAUUUAUACCCCUGUCAUCCAUCCUACCUGACUGGUUAGUCCUCAUCCAAUCAGGUUUCCUCUGUCAGAUGACGGGGGUAUGAAUACCACUGCUCUAGGCAUGCCCAGGCAUCAUCCCCGAUGAAGAUGGCAGCGUCAUUGAAAAGUCAGUUAAUAUUGAUGCCUGUACCCAGCUGGAAGCCUGAAAAGAGCAUAUUCAUCAUAUAAGCCGGGAAAGCACUCAAUCCUCUUCCACUGACCAUAAACAUUAUCUCUGUCUCAUAGGUGAUGUCCGACCUAUUAAGUAUAUGAUGAAUUUCUACUUUUAUUAGAGUAAUAGCCACUUGCAUUCACAAAACAUUUAAAUUGUUCUUUCUGGGGGGAUGUCAGUUUGCCAUGAAAUGACCUAAGGCUUACAGGUCCAUUGACACUGCUUAGCCAAACAGGAUUCUGUAGGCUGAGAACUGUGUGUACAUUCUUUUCUCUAAGGGCUAGAAAGCUAGGAAAAGCUAGCCAUUCUCCUUCCUCACAUUUUUGCUUAUUUGAAGUAUGAAUCUCAAAGUGAAAGGAGCGUGUCAAAUACUUAAUGUUCUAUAUAUUUAGACUGUUUGUCACAUUCAAAUAAUGGAGGUUUGCCAAUCUGUGACACAUAGCUCACUGUAGUGUGUUAACUGUGAAUUGUUGCAUACUGUUAAGAUUCACAAAUUAUUAAUGCACUUAAAUUCAUUAAAACCUGCAAUUUAAUUCCUGAUUAAUUUCUGGUGAAUAUGAUUCCCAAAUAAAGCUAAAAAUGUUAAAAUUAUACUAUUUUUAUUAUGGAGCUUCACAUGUUAACUGAGGGUGUUGCCUGCUUCUUAGAAUGCAAUGGAACAGCAAAAUUCAUAACAGUCCAAACAAAAGGACACAUUUACUUUCUGGCUUCAUUGUACCAGUGUGUAAAAUAAAAUAAAAUAUUUAUUCCUU